CGCUUGCACCUUCUGGAAUAUCCGCAGCACGGUUCUCUAGUUCCUCGACGAAGGACCUUUUCACCACAGCGUCUUCCAGUCGACGUGUGUUUAACCGGCGCCCGACUUUCUCCUCCUAGCAAUACGCUACCGGAUCUCACCGAUUAGGAGAUGAUGGUCGGACGCAGUAUCGGCGCUACGUUUGUUCCGAACAUCAUGAAGGCUCCAUCUCCAUUUUCGGCUGAUGCAGAUGUGGUCGAUUUGAUUUUCCGUGAUGCCAUCACAGGAAACCCAUUAUCACUUUGUGCCCUGGUCUAUGGGGAAUAAGCGAUCCCCCCAAUCACCAUGUCAUUGCUGCCACAAAACUCUGCAAACAGCUCUCCGUUCUCACUAAUUUCUCCAAGGCCAUGGCGUCCCAUGAUGCGCUUAUAUGUAGUCCUAGUUGUCGGAACCAAGCUUCGUGUUGAAGUCGCCCAUGACGAUCUUGAUAUCACCUUUCGGAGUCUUGUCCACGACAGCAUUCAGUUGACUGUAAAAGUUCUCUGUAUCUUGCAAUUCGGCUGCAUCGGUUGGCGCGUAACAUUGAAUCAUGGUUAGGUUUCGAACACGUGUUCUGAAUCUGGCCACAGUUAUCCUCUCAUUAAAAGAUUUCCACUUCAUAGCGCAGUUUCGAGUUCAAAAGGAAUCGCUCAAGAAACUUCUUGAAGCGAACUUCGCUCAGUCCUAGGAUCUCAAGCUUCAUACGGCCUGCCUCAUUGGUUAGUUGUGCCAGUUUACCCUGCUGGGCUAGGGUUAAUACAUUCCAAGUUCCAAUUCUUGUCCGUUGUUUCGCACUAAAAGUCGUUGCCGUUGAAUCAGUUCGUAAUCUUUCAUUUUCGGUUUCAGUAACGUUUUUUUUUGAGUUUCGGGAACAGUAGGUUGUUGGCCUAAGGUCCGCUAUCCACCAUGGUGAGGCUGCCACCUUAGGUAUAGCUUCCGGUGGAGGAGCAUUUCAUACUCAGCCACUGGAUGCCAGAACAGACGCUGUUUGAGCCGCACCUCCUUGGUGAACAGAUACUCUACACGUACCUUCUUAAUUUAGGUGAAGUCAGAAGGAACACAGUGCCCAGGCUCGCUGCACAACCAGCUAAGCACACAACUCUUGUCAUCGCUUGACGCGUGGAAUCAUGAGUUGUGAGGACCAGAACUAAAUAUGUUGGACGUUCUUCUUAUCGACUUAUCGUUGUGCAGGCCAUACACGGUAUUUAUUGAUGUAAAGUUUACAAACAUUUUUAGGACUGCCACGACAUCAAAUGUACCUUUAUUCGAAUGCUGAUGUUGACAAUAUUUGUAUUAUUCAUCCAAUUUGCAAUCAAUCUUCAUCUAUAACUAACAAUCUUAGAAUGCCACUUGCAUAUUAACUCGACUUGCAAGAGGAAUUUAAACAGUCUUGCGCGGUCUCGUAGCUGGACGAGAAUCUAAGAUAAACGCGACAUUAUUUCUUUAUUGAGUCUCUGGCCCGGCGGCCAGGUUACAAGCUAACGCUUGUUAGCAGAUUUCGUUCCCAUUCCUGCGUAGAGUGUUGUCGACCAACCUCUUCUUUUGCUGCUGAAUUUCUGUAGUAACUAACGACUUUUGGUGACAUCUGCGAAGGAGCUCUACGUUGGAGAUCCAGUUGUAAGACCAUCAUGCACAAAUCAUAUGCAGGUAGCCAUAUGAGUGCUCUCCUUCACUGACCCACAUAAAAUUUCAACUUCUGAGCUAAACUAAAACAACCAUAUGAACGCUGCGUAGAGAUGGAUGUGGACAAAUGCGUAACAUUGUUAUCUUAUCAAGACGAUUCCCCUGUGGAUGAUGUGCUCAGUUCAUUCACCGUUUCGCUCAAAUAAAUACAAUUGUUUGAUGAAAGCAAACGCUUCAAAACUAGAGUUAAGCUGUGCCGUGGUGAAACGAUGGAAGUUCAAGAUCAGCUGAAGGCCAUCCCCUCGGAUGAAUGGGUUCUACUGCGAGAUAUUUACAAACGUGACUGGCCUCGCCAUCAGCUGGCAUACAACACCAUUCAAAAUUAUCUAAACUGGAAUAAGAUCGACCCGAAGAUUAAGCAGCUACUGAUACUGGGUUUGAACGACAGUUGGCAGGAGAAUGGAACCUGCGUUAUUCUGGAUCGCUACCAGAUGUAUGUUUACACAGUGGAUGACUCCAACGAUUCUUUGAAACGUGCGCUCCUUUUGAUCGAUUGGGACUAUUCGUACAAGAUGUGCUGCAUCCCUAUGCGCUACCACCCAGCCUUCCAAGAAGUUUUUGCAACCCUAUCGAUUGAACUAUUGUGGGAUCAUCCUUGCGUUCUCUACGAACUUUCCAGGGAAGACAGUCGGAAACUGAGUUUGAACAUCCCGAACGGUCUUCACACACAGCGACUGACCAUCCGCCACGCAGCCUUCGCCAACGAAGUUUGGCCCCAUCGAUGUGAGGGAUCGGAAUACUUUCUGAAACGGCUGGCCGCGUGGAAUCCAUCGGUGGGACUGUUCAACGAUGCGGGAGAAUUGCGGGCGUGGUGCUUCAGCUGGCCGAACGGUGCCAUUGGACCGUUGGAAGUGGUGAAAGAGCAUCAACGGAAAGGUUACGGAAGCUUGAUGGUCAGAGCAAUUGCCCGGGAGAUGGCAAACGCCGCCGGGCUGAACUGCUAUGGAACGGCAAUCACCGACAAUGCGCAAUCGAGAGGGAUGUUUGAGAAACUGGGAUUCAAGUUGGUGGAUGGAGGUUGUUUCUACGCAAGGAAUCGUUCAAGAAAGUUGGUGGAGUAUGAUCAUUGAAUUGGUUGGAAAUAAAACUAUGAAACAGUCGUCAGCGCAAGAAUGGGUAUAUUCGCCUCACUCCAUUCAUAUUCACUCCUCUUUGUUGAAGCGAAUCGAGAAAGAUGCAGCAAACGGAUUGUCGUGAUCAAACACGCAACCCCAUCGUCAGUGAGAAGCGAAACGCAAACUGUUUGACAUGGAUAUUCGUUGCCGAUCGUCGCAGUUUGGAUCGCAAGCGAAUGAAUGAAUGGCGAAUGAUGGUGAGCGAUUGAAGCGGCUAUUAUCAUAACUAGAAGAGAAUUUUUGCAUGUAAUGCAUACAUUUUUAGUGUAUUGUUGUUGAAAUGCUAGAUUAGCAAAGAAAAUAAUAAACAUUGUUUGAAAACUUCAAAUAUUCGUACGCGCAAUAUCACUCACGAAUCGCAUCACCGCUCGAUCGCUUGCGAUGCGAAUGUGGACGAAUGUUUAAAUUCCAAGUGUGGCUUCCCACCGUUCGCCGGUGUUUGCUGUCGUCGCUGACAAGCAAACACACAAACUAAAGCGACAACCGUUUGCUGCUGACUGUAUUCGAAUGUGGAACCGAUUUUUAUUCUCUUAAGCUGAAAUGAAAGAUACCUACCUUGAUACCUUGUUGGCUACAAAACAACUUUACUCCAACGCCGAGUGUAUAGUAGAGCACCAUGUUUGUCGGUCUUGGGCGAUGUUCUUCCCGUUUCCCCAAACGUGUAGGGAUCUCUUUCAAUCGCGUGCAGCCAGCGCGUUCGCGGCCGCCCACGAAGUUGCCGACCUCUACCUGGUUCCCUGUUCUUCC